UUUUCUUGUGUUUCUCCUAACGUAAUCAAUGCGAUGUAACUACAUAAAUAACCAGCAUUGUUGUUUGCUUUGGAAAUAAUGGAAAGCGAAAUGUAAAACUGAUAAUUCAAGCGACGACAUUUGUUCCUUGAAGUUGGUUUCGAAUAUCGAACAUAUUAUUCACUUUGCUUACGCGAGCACAGUCAACAGAAAAGUGACACAGUGCUACGUAGGAAGUGAUAUUGAUGGGAAAUAGUUUGGUGUAGUAGCGUUGCAGAAUACUAGGCCAAAAAUCAUGGCACGUUUUAUUAUUAGUUUUGUGGGAAUUAUCGCGGUGUUUUUGCUCUAUAUUCAAAUCGUUAAGUCAACAGAUCAAGAUGCGAUAACUUCAGUAACAGAAUCCGCAAUAUCGUAUAUCGAUGUAUUCAAUGAGUCUAGUAGAAGAGAUAAUAGUUGUGAGUGCAUUUCAUAUGACUGUGGAUGCUGCCAACACAUAGAAUGGGAUAGAAUUGAUUUGAAUGGAACAUUAUGUGCAAAUGCCAGCUACUUGGAACAUGAUUAUGGGAUUUCAGUUACACUUACUUAUAAUAAUUAUUCUAUUAUUAAUGAAACAGUUUCAGCUCGAAACCCACCACCUAUUUGUGUAGGAGAAGAUGUCAUAGAUUUGGUUGAAGUUGAAAUUUGCUUACGUAUUUAUGAUAUAGAUGUUGAAUGCAAUAAGUUUCAUGUCUGUUUUGAGAUUUUGGGAAAAAUCAUGAAAUUUAAGAUCUUGCCAAUAAAACUUGGCUGUGUAAAUAGCACAUUGUUUAAAAAAAUCCAAUAUACAGAAAAUAGAGCUAUUUCUGACUUGUCACGAUUAUUUUUGAGAAGAAAGUCAAAAGAUUCUACAUUACCUCAGGUGAUUAUGGUAUGAUUAAAAUAUAUGAGAUAAAGACGUACAUCUAAAUAAUGUAUACAAGCUAUUUCUCUUUAGGUCGUAUAGAUUCUUAUUUAAGUGCAUAUGUAUAUACUAUAUAUAUUUUUUGUAUUUUUGUCUUCACGUAAUGAAAUCAACUUUUGUUUAAAAAAUGCAUAAUCGCCGUGUGAGAGAUGAUUUAAUAUUAAAACGUUAUAUUCUUUUUUGAAUCGAGUGCUUGUUAUUUUUUGCAUUUUAUCCUUACAAUAUAUAUUAAAAAAUAAUCGAAUUGGCUAUAACAUAUGCUGUAAUUUAUAUUUUAUUUUGCUGUGUACUACAUAUAAGUCGAAUUGCAUUAAAGUAAGGUACUGUACAUACAUUUCCACUAGUGCCACUACCAUGGCUACUACUGAGUAACGCAUGCGUGGAUAUCCGUUUAAUCACGCUUUGUACACGUUUUACGGUGCUUCUAUUAUUUCAAUGUACUUAUAUAUUAAAUACAAAUGUUUUAUGUAAAAAUACAAUGUUGCAUUUUAACGUGCCAACAUGCAUAAUAAAAAAAUGUUCACGUUUACUGACAAUAUUUAAGAGAAAUGAUAAAUUGCAUGAGAUAACCUCUUCAUAUUGUGUACAUGUCCGGAAAAGAACCAAUGGUCCAUGGAGAGUAUUAUUUUUUGGAACAGAUAAUUUUGCCAUCGAAAGUUUACGAAGUUUGUAUAAUGAAUACAGAACUAAAAACUUAUGCCGAUUAGAAGUUGUAUCAACAUAUAAAGAGAGAAAAAAUGUUGUUGUACAAUUUGCGGAAGAAAGAGAAAUUAUUGUUAAUAAAUGGCCUCUAGAAAAUAAUCCACAAAAUUUUGAUGUUGGCGUAGUUGUCUCUUUUGGUCAUCUAAUACCAUCAAAUAUUAUAAAUUCAUUUCCACUUGGUAUGUUAAAUGUUCACGCUAGUCUAUUGCCACGAUGGAGAGGAGCAGCUCCAAUAAUUUAUUCCUUAAUUAAUGGAGACACACAGACAGGAAUUACAAUCAUGAAAAUAAUGCCAGAAAAAUUUGACAUUGGAGAAAUAAUAAUACAGGAAAAAGUAGAUAUUUAUCCAGACGAAACCUUACCAGAAUUGUAUGUUAAGUUGGCUAAAGUAGGUGCCAAUGUUUUGCUCUGUGUAAUAAAACAAUUGCCACAUAUAUUAUCAUUAUCAAAGCCUCAAGAAAACAUAGGCAUAACAUACGCGCCCAAAGUUUUAUCCAAGAUCUCUUGGGUAAAGUGGGAUGCUAUGACGGCGAAGAACGUAUAUGAUCUGUAUCGCGGACUUCUAGGAUUGUAUCCAUUAACGACCAAGUUUGAUGACAGGACAAUAAAAUUGUUAGACAUCCAGCAGGUGACAAAACCGACAAAUGCAAUGAAUCCAGAAGAUGACACGCCGGGCUCGGUGAAAUUUGAUAAAAUCAGCAAAACAUUAAUUGUAACAUGUAAAGGACUAAGCUGGGUUUCAAUAAAUAAGAUAAGAAUAGCAGGUCGUCCAGCUAUGAGUGCAGUGGACUUUCAAAAUGGAUUUAUGCGGAAUAAAAUGCAAAAACAGAUACGUUUCCAGAGUGAAUUUUGAUAGUCGCUUCCGCAUAGCAAAAGUCUUUUGUUGUAUACUGUAAUACAAUAUCAUUUCUUAAUAUUUACGAUACUUUGUUAUAAUAGUAAUAUUUAAGAAUGUACAAUAUUAGAACAUACACACACAGAAUGUAUCAUCGAUAUGUUUAUCGUGAGAAUAUAAAAAAUUGUUCCAUGA